AUGAGUUCACAAUCAUAUAGCCCCUAUGUUGAAGACGAGAAGCCAGACUUGUCAGUCGGGGCGCUUGUCAGAUAUUUGGCUUCUCGUCCAAGUACUUUAUUCACUCUACCAGAAAGUGAUACUAAGAGACUGAACCCCAUUCCGCCAUUAAGAGCCAUGAAACUAAGACAUUGGAACUGGUAUAUGAUGGGGUUUUUAGCGUGGACUGUGGAUGCAAUGGACUUUUUUGUUGUUUCCGCGUCUGCAAGUGCUAUCGCCGAAUCACUUAAUGUUACUAUUGUCAAGAUUACAUGGGGUAUGACCCUGGUGUUAAUGUUCAGAUCUGUUGGUGCUGUUAUCUUUGGAACGAUUUCCGAUACCUGGGGACGAAAAUGGUCUUAUAUCGCUUGUUGUUUGUGUUUUGUGGCUCUUGAAAUUGGUAUGGGUUUUAUUACCAGUUAUAAACAAUUUUUGGCUGUUCGUGCUUUGUUUGGUAUAUCUAUGGGAGGUAAGUCAAGUCGGUGA